AUGGCGCAAGCACACGGACAGCAGCCCAACCACAAUACCACCUUCAAGGUGGGCGAGACCUACAAGGUUGUCGAUGUGGUCGGCGAAGGAGCCUACGGAGUCGUCUGCUCCGCCAUCCACGUUCCCUCGAGCUCUCGCGUAGCCAUUAAGAAGAUCACACCCUUCGACCACUCGAUGUUCUGUCUUCGAACCCUGCGCGAGAUCAAACUGCUUCGCCACUUUAACCACGAAAACAUCAUCUCGAUCCUCGACAUUGUCAAACCUUCCGACUACGACAGCUUCUCGGAAGUCUACCUCAUCCAGGAACUCAUGGAGACCGAUAUGCAUCGAGUCAUUCGAACCCAAGAGCUGUCGGACGAUCACUGCCAGUACUUCAUCUACCAGACUCUGCGUGGAUUGAAGGCGCUUCAUUCGGCGCAGGUGUUGCAUCGAGAUUUGAAACCAUCGAAUCUGCUGUUGAACGCGAAUUGCGAUCUCAAGAUCUGCGAUUUCGGUCUGGCACGUUCGGCGAAUCAACCUGAAGCGGAGGGAACGGGUUUCAUGACCGAGUACGUUGCUACGCGAUGGUACCGUGCACCGGAAAUCAUGUUGACGUUCAAGGAGUAUACAAAGGCGAUCGAUGUUUGGUCGGUAGGUUGCAUCCUGGCCGAAAUGCUGUCCGGCAAACCUCUCUUCCCAGGUCGAGACUAUCACCACCAACUGUCGUUGACCCUCGAGAUCCUCGGUACGCCGUCGUUGGAUGACUUCUACGCGAUCACUUCGACUCGAUCGAGGGAUUACAUUCGAGCACUUCCAUUCCGAAAGAGGAGAAACUUUUCGCAGAUGUUCCCCAACGCAAACCCACUAGCGGUGGACCUCAUGGAGAAAUGUUUGACGUUCAGCCCGAGGAAGAGGAUCACCGUGGAGGAGGCACUGGCACAUCCGUAUUUGGAACCGUACCAUGAUCCAGAGGACGAACCGACGGCGGAACCGUUGGAUCCUAGCUUCUUCGAUUUCGAUUACUGUAAGGAACAGCUCUCGAGGAGCGAGCUCAAGAGGUUGAUUUACAACGAGAUUAUGCGUUGA